CAAGACAAAGUCACAAGUUGAGACACCAUGCUUAUUGAUCAUAUCCACUCUGCUAUUACCCCAGGUCAUCACCUCAUGAGAUCUGACAGUCUCUGCUCCAAGCAAUGUUAAAUAGCCUUUAACAAUAAUGUAGUUUGUAAAACACAUCUUCCCCUGUGGAUGUGAGGUCAAUGCACUGUACAUGAAAAACUAGAAACGAACCAACAGUCAACCAUACAAGAAAGGUAAACAGCAGGGACUGUAUAUGGUUGUCAAAAAAAGUAGGUACACCAUCAGAUGAAGCCUGGGAACAGGCAUAUAAUUGUAUGACGUAGAAUAAUCCUGUGACAACCAACCUAAACCAGCCAGGUGUUGUGUGAGGUAGGCUGUCAAGCCAGAUGUCUGUAAGUGGUGUAGACUGUCCAGUAAGGUGUCACAUGGCUAGAUGUGGAUGGUAACAAUUACCCAAACAUGUCAGGCAAAGUGUUAAUGCAGCUCACAACCAGGGCUGACUUUGCCAAAGUGUUUUAACAAGGUGUAUCUUCUCCAUGACCCUCACCCCGCUCUACCUGCAUUUUGAUUUGAUGGUGUGGAACUACCUUGACAUCACUUUCCUACAGCAUUGGACUGGGCAGCAUUAACUGGCUGCCAUAUUCCCCUUAACUCAAUUGUUUUUGAGGGACAUAUAGACAAGGAUGAAGGAGAAAAUUUGGAGACCGGUUAAAAGAAUGUUGCAAGGUUGUUGGUGGACAUUUCAAGCAUCUGAGACUAAACAUGACCUAACUGGUAUUGUGUACCUACUUCUGGGUCCCCCUUCUCCCUUUCUGUGUGGCUGUAGUGCACGUGCAUAAGUAUGGGAAAGUCGAGAAAUGAUAACAAAUCUGAUUAUUCCAGCAACCGCUUAUCAAAAGCUUAGACAGUUAUCAGUGUUAACUAAGUUUCCUCCUCUAGCAAUAUCAGUUAUGGGCGUGAAUCAACUGAAAUAAAGUCAUUGUCAUGGGUACUAAAAUGUCAUUAUUUAUUGACACCCUAACCUAGAUAUUGUCUGGAUGCACUAUGUCUCAGUGGAAUGACUGUAGUGAACAAAUAAAAAGUAGUUGCACAGAGAGAAGGGGUUGGGGAAGUGAAAAGGGAGGGGCGGAAGAAUUUUCUUGAUCAAAAUAAAGAUAUGCUAUAUACAUUAUUUUUGUUUUUGUUUGUUUUUGUUUUUUUUGCUUUUGAGACCGGCAACCAUUCUUAUUAUGCUUGUGUGUUUUUUUGCUUUUAGUAAAGCGCUUUGAGCCCACCUUUAAUGGUGGGAAAAAGCGCUAUAGAAAUAAACAUUAUUAUUAUUAUAAUAUCAUUUGUGCUCAAAGUGGUCUAUAGUCAAGACUUAGAGCUAACUCCUAAAACAGUUAAAACAACUUUGCUGGAAAGUCAGGGUGGUGUUCAAUUCAACCUAGACAAAAACAUCAGGGAUUAUCUUCUGCUGGAAUGUUGAGGACGCCUGUAACAUUGGGUAAAGUGAGUUGAAAGUAUAUAUGCCACCAGUAUGCCACCUACCUACUAGUCGCCGCUAGGGGGAGAAGACAGACAUUCGCUGGGACUCGCAGUGUGUAGAGAUCCCUAGCUACCCACAAUCAUUACAAUGGUUUGUCCUGUCAGCAGACUGCUGAAAGUCUUUCUCUCCGCGUGACUCGUGCCUUGCACGUGUUGUGCACACGACACCUUCAGUGAUGGCUACGCAACAUGUCGCAUCAUCUUACGAAAUUGACGUAACCUUGUGACGUCAUUAUGGCCAGCUGACGUGAGAUGACCGGCUCUGUUUCCAUGCCGAUAGACGUCUCGCGACAACUGUCCGACCCUGGUUCGUAUCUCAUGACAGCAGCGUCAUGCGUUCAACAUUCAGAUGACAAGGGACUGACAUCUGCCACCACUCGACAAACCAUGAAAACUGGCUGAGCACGACGACAACGGCUUCAACUGCUGACUGUGGUGGCGUGUCUGAGCUGGUGACACACCUCACGUAGUCAGAGACCAGACAACCCUUCACAGCCAUCACAUGAAGUUUUCGGAGAGCAACCGCCGUUUUCUGGCGGCGCUGGUCAUCACCAUGGGCUUCGUGGCCUUGCCAUUGUCAGCAUCCAUGAUGGGCACCGCUGCCUUCCUGUCGUCUGUGGUGGACACGGAGCUGGAGCUGGUGCAGGGCGUGGCCACGGAAGUCCUACCCAUCAUGCUGGCUGUGACGGGUGUGAUUAACUUCUUGACGGCGCUGGUGUUGGUGGUCAUGGCGCGGGCCCGUCAGCUGAGUACCCGCAGUAGCUCUCUGGGUCUUCUGACUGCGACCAACCUCUUGGGGCUCGCCUCCACCUUACUCAUCCUCGCCACUUCCAUCUACUGUUUUGUUCAGCUGGUUCAGCUGCCGGACCAGUUCCGCGCGGGUCUGAGGCGCGCGCUGGCCGCCUACUCCAAGGAUGGCGAGAUCAAGACGCGAGUGGACAUCCUGCAGAUAAAUUAUAAAUGCUGCGGGGACGAAGGCUACGGUGACUGGUUCAAAAUACCCUGGGUGCCGCAGGAGGUGCUGGUGGCCGACCCCAAGGAAGUGCAAAGAUUCAAGGUUGGCGACGCUUAUCUCAACGACGACGUUCCCUUCAGCUGCUGUGACCCCGCGUCCCCGCGACCUUGCAUCCACCAUCACGUGACCCAGCGGCAGUUGCACUACAACUACAACCACCUCAUGGGCGUCACCCUCUACACCGCCGGUUGUCGUCAGGCACUGAUGGACUUUUUUGCGUAUUCAGUUCUGCGCGGUAUUGGAAUCUUCCUUCUGAUCAUAUGUUUUGCACAGCUGGCGGUGAUGAUGUUGACCCGACUGCUCCUCACGUCCUUCAAGACGGCGAUAGACUCGGGAGACCCUGAAGCACCAUCAGCCGGCUAUCUUCUGUGGCCUCCUAAAGCCGACCUAGCAGACGGCUACAUCAAAAGUCAGCAGCUGCCACUGGUGGCUAGUGAUGCUAGUGACGUCACCCAGGACUCGGACUGGGAUGUGACCACGACGGACAGUCAGACAGACGGCCAGCCAGUCACCCUUUCACCUAGCCAGACAGGUACCCAGUCAAGCGACCCUACACAAAGUCAGUCAACCGCCUUAACCUCCCCGUCACAGUCCCCGGUCUACGACAACCUGGCUCAGUACCCCCAGGACUUCCCUCAGACCUACGACAACCUGGCUCAGCCCCCCCAGGACUUCCCUCAGACCUACGACAACCUGGCUCAGCCCCCCCAGGACUUCCCUCAGACCUACGACAACCUGGCUCAGCCCCCCCAGGACUUCCCUCAGACCUACGACAACCUGGCUCAGCCCCCCCAGGACUUCCCUCAGACCUACGACAACCUGGCUCAGUCCCCCCAGGACUUCCCUCAGACCUACGAGAACCUGGCUCAGCCCCCCCAGGACUUCCCUCAGACCUACGAGAACCUGGCUCAGUCCCCCCAGGACUUCCCUCAGACCUACGAGAACCUGGCUCAGUCCCCCCAGGACUUCCCUCAGACCUACGAGAACCUUCCUCGUCUCAGCCUCAACCCAGCAGCCAAGCGCUUUUCAGCAUCUCCCCGGCUCUCCACCCAGCCCCGGCUCUCCACCCAGCCCCGGCUCUCCACCCAGCCCCGGCUCUCCACCCAGCCCCGGCUCUCCACCCAGCCCCGGCUCUCCACCCAGCCCCGGCUCUCCACCCAGCCCCGGCUGUCGGUGCCGCGGAGAAGCAGCGGCCCCUAUGCUGAGAUUGCAGACAAUCAAGACACUUCAGGUAACAGAGUGGAUCGCAAUAACAACGAUGACCUGCUGAAGUUGCGAAACAGCUGUGAUCCGUGGGAUGCUGACGUCAGAGAGACACGUCACAGAAUGGCGGCCACCUCGCGCAGACUGCGCCAGCGCCGGGCGCCCUUCGCCAGCCUCGGCCUCUCUCCUCCAUUGCCUCCUCCACUGCAUACUCAUCUCUCAGCUGCUUCCCUUCUGCCACUCACGUAACUUCCGGUACCGUCGCCGCUGCUAUAAAUAGCUCCAGAGAUUUUUGGGUCCAUUGCGAUAGACUCGUUUUUAAAAUUGUAUUUUGAAGGAGAGGCAGGGUGUGUGGAAACAAGAGGUGGACGUCCUGAAGAAAUUGUCUAGCUUGCCUUGUGUUCUCAAAGUACAUCACAAUUGUUUGUUUACACGAAGCUGAACAAAACAAGGUCAACACAAGUCUGAUGUGCAGCGUAAGAAAAAUCUGUUAAACACGUUUAUUUGUUUCCCUCUUCGUGACCCAGCCACCACCCGGCAACAUGUAUAUUGUAUAACUGUAUAUUGACUCGUUGGUGUACACGCAGUCGAUCGCGAUUUCAAGUUUUAAAAUUCGUUUUAAAUUCUUAAAAUUAAAUUUACAAUAAAGGAGAAUUGAAAGCAG